UGUAAAUGGACUAAGUUUUCUGAAUUCCUUGCUGAUAUAACUUCCUGUACAAUAUGCGGACAUAUACAAAGCAACACAUACAUAGAAAAUUAGGUGCGAUGAACAAGCGUACAAGAGCGCACACUCGUUUGGCCACGCCGCUGCCACCUCCGCUGCCGCCGCCGUCACCGCCGCGGGCGUCGGUUGUUUCAUGAUCAUUUUCGUACGUUUGCUUGCCGCCUCCAGUCGCUUCUCGACGGGAUCCAAUUGGCGCGCGCGUUACGUUUCCGAAGCUCACACCAACUUGCGCGUCUUUCAAACAAUUAACCAACACAUCAAAUAAUCCCUGUCGAUUAAAUCAGUUACAAGUUGUAAAUAACUAAAACAAUUGUUUGACAAAACAAUGCACUAAACCUGUUUUCCAACAAAAUGAAGAACUUCAGCGAUGUGCCGCCGCAUGUCUACGCGCUAAUCGAAGAAUUUUUGGUCGGAGCCGGACAUGACAAUGUCGAUCUUCGAGAGGCGCACAUUCGCACCUCGAUUAAAGCAUUUUUUCCGUUUAUUAUUAUCAUGUACGCGUUGAUAGUGCUCGUUGGGGUUGUUGCCAACAUUUCGGUCAUGGUGCACGUGAUCUGGCACAAAUUGUGCAAAGAUGCAACUUAUGCGUUCAUCAUCAACAACGCCAUCAGCGACAUCGUCAAAUGCAUCAUUGUUUUGCCAAUUUCGCUCUAUGUACUGGUAGUACAAAAUUGGAUGCUCGGAGAACUCCUCUGCUCCUUUCUACCCAUGCUACAGGAUAUUCCAUUCCACGUGACAACGCUGACAUUUGUUUUGACAGCCUGGGACCGAUAUCGUUACAUCCGCAAUCCGAAUAAACCGCGGCUACCAGCAUUUGUGUGCGCAGUCGGUUCAUGGCUGACAGCGCUCUGUCUGGUUCUGCCUUAUCCGAUUUACAUUAUCUACGUAGACCUGGGUAGAUAUUCAAAUGCGUUCGAUGGAAUUGGAUUCUGCGUCGUUAAUCUAACCGACGAUAUGCAGGAAUACAUGCGAGGAAUAUUCCUUAUUAUGUAUGCUGGUCCACUGGCGACGAUUUCCUACUUGUACGUGAAGAGUUCGCGUGAGUUGCAGACCACAGCUACGAUCGUAAUGUACGAAACGCGACAUCGCGAAAGCAGGUCACGUCCUACCGACUCCCAGCGUACUUCUAUUGACAUGCGUGGCAGUCGAGGUGAAAGCGACCUGCUAAGUCAGUACAGCCGUGGCAGCUACCGAAACGAACGCAACCAUCUGCCAGGAUCAAACCGUCACCGUUUGAGCCACUCCCAAUUCGGGGAUUACAACGACGAAGUCGAACUGGACGUGGGACGUGAAAAGCGCACGAAUAAGUAUCAGGCGUCCAUGGUGACCAUGUAUGCGAUACUUUUAUGUCCACUGAUGAUUCUCCGGGUGGCGCGAUUAGCGCUUCUGGAAACUUAUGAAAAUGCCGCACAUUUUGACAUCACGUACACUGCGUUUGUCUGGUUUGCGUUUCUUCCAACUUGUACCACUCCGGCGUUGUUCGCAGCGUGGCAUAUGAGCAGACCCACCAAGGAGCGACUGCGUGGUUACUUCCGCAUCAGCAGCCGGAAAAUCCGUCGGUCGUGUGAUACAGUGGAAACGUCCUGCGUGUCAGCGCGCUCUUCGCCGCCGCCGCCGUUCGUGCGAACAGAAUCCAACCGCAGCACGUCGCGACACCUCCAGCCGGCGCCGUCCGCCCAUCCGCAGAAACACAGCCUGCAACUUGAACUACGACAGAAUCACCAUCACUACCAGCAACAGCAGCAGCGCCAAUUUAAUCCCAGUCCUGACGUUCAUCGCGAGCAGGAAAUUUCACAUGACUUUGGAUAUUAUACACCUCCACCGCCGUUGACCGACGACCUUGUCGAAAUAUACCCGGAGCAACAGGAAAUGCUCUACGCCAGCCCGCAUCGACUGUCAUCACGGCCCGAUUGAUCUCGCGAGCAACACGGUCGGCCCGUGUCCACUCUAUCAAUCUCACCAAGGUCCUCCAUUGUCUACGACAAGACCGGUCAUUACACUCAUAGGUUGGUUUAAUCAAAGUAUCGCUUAAUUGAAAAUGUUGUCAACUUCUCUCAACGCGUGCGAAACUUCUCAAAAUGGGUUAAUCUGAUUUGUGUUGACGAAGUUUUCUUUAGGUCGUCAACGCCAAGAAAGUUACGAAACACGACUCACAACUCCAGGAGGAAAACUCGAUCGUUGCCAAACGCAUCGUUCAGUCUGGAACAACUGAUCUAAGGACUCCAAAUUUCUUCCCUAAUGGCUGUGUAUGCGUGGAGUCGAGAGUCGAAGCAACAGACUGCAAUUGUGAUAGUUUAGACAAUGUGCAAGACAAGUAAGUUAGGAUUAGCUCGCAAAGGCAUGUGAUGUUAUGCAAUUUAGCGUGACGUAAUCUAAUUUAAGCAUAAUAUAAGAGUAAGACAACAGAAAAGUUAAGAAACUAGCAGAGUAUCAACAUAGAUCAACGUUAAGCAAACAGUUAACACAGUUUUAAAGCGAUUAAACCCAAUCCUAUUAUAACAUCGAAUUUGAAUAUACCGAACACCCAACCAGCACCGAAUGAAUACUCAAUCAGCUCAAACUAUAUCACAUCCUAAUUUGUGACCAAAAUGUCGGAUCAAAUAUUAGCAUAAUAAUUAUAAACGGCCAAAAUAGUGACAAAUAUUUGAUAUACAUAUAACUAAUUGUUAAUGUAUAAGUUGUAAAGUGAGUUAGGCAAACGUUAUAAUGAACUUUCAUUACAUUUUCAUAACACUGAGCCCAUGAAAUCAUGAAAGUUCUUUAUACUGUUCUAACCUCAAUUGUAACCUGGAAAAUGCUUAAAUUUUUAGGCAAUUUAAGUAAUAAAUAAAUAUUGUACAUUUUAUAUUCUCGUAUUGUCGUUGAAAAAGUAGAUAAAAUUAUAUAAAAGUUUAUUCGUCAAAACAACGAAUAACGUAUUUUAAGAAUUUUAAAAGUAGUUAUGUGACAAAAAAUUUAAAAAUACCAAAAUUGUAUUUCAAUUGCUCUUCGAUUGCUGAGAGUUACUUUUGAAUCUUUUUAAAUGCUGUUUUUACUCACAUAUUGUUCAAAUGUUGUCAUAAAUAAAUGUCUAAAUGAUUUAGAAUAAUUGAGAAUAGUAAUAUUAUACCAAUAAAUGUUUUAUGGACAAUGAACAUACAAUAUAUCCCUACUAAUAUUAUAAAUGCGAAAGUCCUGAUGUUUGUUACACUUUCACGCAAAAAUUACUUAACCGAUCAUCAUGAAAAUUUGUACACGUAUUCUUAGUGGUCCCCGAAUGGUUAUAGGCUACUUUCUAUUUAAUAAAAAAAUUAUUUUUUAAAUAAAAUAAAGAAAUUGUUUAGCCAAUAA